AUGGAUUACAGGUCAGAGACGCGCUGGUCAGCACUGUGUGCGUCGAUCAAAGAAGAAAUCAUGGAGCUUCUCUUCGACCGUAGUCGCGCGGAUCAUACAGCCAAGAUCCUUGAACUUGACCAAUUAAUUGAGGAGCAAUGGCGUGCACUUCCGGAUAGAUUUCGUUUUGAUCAGCGACCACCAAAUAACGCCACCCCCUUCGAACGUGAUUUUUUGUUUAGCGUCCAUCUCAACCAUCUACAUGUCAAUCUUUUGUUGAGGCGUCUGACUUUGGAGCGCCAGUCAGAGCCCGAUGGUGCUGUCAUUGAAAUAGCCCUGAAGAUGCUUAGCUUGGUGGUCGAUAUUGUACUCACUCGAGAUGAACUUGCAAAUUCGGGCACCAAUCUCAGUUGGAAAGUCGCUCACUAUGGGCUACCGGCAGCUGGUAUGGUACUCCUCGCAAUGGCAAGCCAGAUAGAUGCCCCGGUCUUGGUUGCAACACGUGCCAAGAUACUACGAGAUCUCACCGUACUGGCCGCAGAAAUUGAGAGAGGAAGAAUUGUGAAACUUGAAGAUCCGAAUUACGCUUUGUUGGCUAAAGCCGCUAAGACCAUUGGAUGUUUUUUGGAUUCGGUCUUUAGUGACGAUGGGAGGAACAGGAGUGGUUUGGACAUCAGUUUAUCAAACAGUAGCCCUCGGCAAGCCACGGAUGACACUUCAUGGGCGGAAAUAUUGGGAUCGGAUGCUUGGGACUCUGAACUAACAUUCUGGCAAACCCUCGCGGAUCACCCUAACGUGUUCAACCAGUACCUAGUGUAG